CGGGCGAAUCAUCCGCCCUGUUUUCGAAACUAGGCAGUUCACUUUUUGGGGCCACUAGCUCUCCCCAAAGGGUUGUAACCAACAUCCGUGGAUUUCUUUCCAACCGGCUGACCGGAGUAUCCAUUCCCGAUACAGGAUGGAAAGAAUCAAUACUGUCUCUACCGAAAAAAUGGUUGUCAACGGCGGAAGCAACCGACGAAUUUGGUUUCCCGGAGAUGCUUCCGAAGGUGCCCAUCCCGACGCUGACCCAAACGAUGGCCGAGUACUUACGGGUACUGCAGCCCAUUGUAACACCCCAGCAGUUGGAGCGCUCUCGUUCCGUGAUUAAGCAGUUCACCGCACCGAAUGGACCUGGGGCUACGCUGCAGCGGCACUUGCUGGACAAGAGAGAAGCGGAAGAUAACUGGGCCUACUACUACUGGUUGAACGACAUGUACAUGGAUAAUCCGCUACCACUGCCGAUUAACUCCAAUCCCGGUAUGGUUUUGCCUCCGCGGAAGUUCACUACGGUGAACGACAUCGCUCGUUUUGCAGCCAGAUUGAUCGAUAAUCUGAUGCUCCACAAGGAGAUGCUCGACAGUGGUGGUCUGGUUCAGGAACGUGCAACUUCUCGCGAAAAGGGACAACCUCUCUGCAUGGCUCAGUACUAUCGCCUUCUUGGAUCUUGCAGACGACCGGGCGAAAUAAGGGACUCUCAGUACUUACCCCAGCAAAGAUCCGAUGAGCAUAUGAUUAUUUGUUGUAGAAAUCAGAUGUAUUGUGUCCCAGUGAAGGCCGGUGACCGGGGUCGUCUAACGGAGGAUGAAAUCGCGUCUCAAGUAUUGUGCGCACUUAACGAUGCCCCUUGUCUUCGGUACGAUCCGCCUCGCGUCGGUAUACUAACUACUGGAACCCGUCCCCAGUGGGCAAAAGAUAGACAGUUGUUGCUGCUGGAACCACAGAAUGUGCGUAACAUUGAACUUGUUGAACAGGCCCUAGCGCUGAUCUGUUUCGACGAAUCGAUCCCGCUCACUUUCAAUGCCCGCGGUUUCAACGGAUCGCCUGCCGGAGCUCAUUACUGUGCCGGCAGAGAUGAAAGCAAUAUGGCGCACGAAAUGAUCCAUGGCGGUGGCAGCAAAUACAACACCGGUAAUAGAUGGUUUGACAAGACGAUGCAAUUGAUCAUCUGUAACGAUGGCAGCUGGGGCUUGUGCUACGAGCACUCGCCUUCCGAGGGAAUCGCCGUUGUUCAACUGCUGGAAGGAAUAGUUAAAAAGAUUGAUGAGAUGCCAAGUAGGGAGGAGAAUGGAUCCCAGAACUAUUUGCCACCACCGGAAAGGCUGGAGUGGUCUAUUUGUCCGGAAAUUGAGCAGAGAAUCAGCGAAGCUUCGCGUGACGCUGACAGGAAUAUUGAGGAUCUAGAUUUCUACGUUUACCGAUACAGAUCGUACGGGAAGAACUUUAUUAAAGCUUGCCAAGUUAGUCCAGAUGUGUUCAUUCAAUUGGCGCUGCAGUUAGCUUAUUUCAAACUUUACGGCCAUUUGGUGAGUACAUAUGAAAGCGCAUCUACCAGGAGGUUUAUGUUGGGUCGCGUGGAUUGCAUUCGUUCGGCAAGCAUGGAAGCGCUUGAAUGGGCCAAAGCAAUGUGUCAAGGAGAAGGUGCCAACGUUACCCUCGAAAGUGAUAAAGAAGACGACUACAGCUGCGAAGGGAACGACAUUAAAAAAGUAACUUUCAGUAUUUACAGUAGAGACCAUUUGAGGGAACUGUUCCGCUGUGCAGCGGCUCGUCAAACCGAGGUGAUGGUGCAAAACAUUCUGGGACAUGGUAUAGAUAUCCAUUUAUUAGGUCUUCGUGAAGCGUGCCGGGAGAAGGAAGGGAAUAUGCACGAGCUUUUCACAGAUGAGAGUUACAAGAUUGCAAAUUGUUUCCUAUUAUCGACCAGUCAGGUUGCCUGCUCAACGAACAGUUUCAUGGGCUACGGGCCAGUAACUCCUCACGGAUACGGGGCUUCGUACAAUCCUCAUCCUAACGAAAUUAUCUUCUGUAUUUCGGCGUUCUUUUCGUCCGAUAAAACCAGCGCAUCAAGAUUCGCUCGGUCGCUACAGGACUCACUCGAUGCUAUGCGGGAUCUGCUGUCAUAAGUUCCACCGGAUGCCUUAUCAUACAAUGCUCUGAGACGUUAGAAACGGAGAGAAAAAAAAACAUAAUACAUAUCAACUCAAUGAAAUUUAGAAAACGAAAACAUAUCAAUUUAUUGUGAAGUAUUAAAGUUUUAUUUUAGAGUAUUACGGAAAGCAAAUAAUGCUCCGGAAGGUGAAAUGCAACCAAAGAAACGAAAACAUAUCAUUAGCACGUAAGUUAGAGAUAUAAAUCAAAUGUACCCAUGUAGUAUUUACGAAAACAUAAAAACUUUCUCGCUAUAUCUAUAUCUAUUGCCGUUAAAUUUGUUGGCUGUUGGUUGAAUUUGUUGCUAACAAUUGUUAUGUGCAUGAGUUGAGAGUUUAGUUAGUUACUCAUUAAAAAUGGGUGUAUUAGCCAUAUUGUCCACAACAGUCAAAUUUAGAAAACUAAAAAGUUGUUGAAAUUUGUUGAAUUAUGUGUUGUGAUCAUAACAAGAAAUCGGUAACCGAACACAUGUGCAUAGAAACAAUUAAACUUUUGCGCCCGCACAGUGAUUCUUGUCCAUUUAGAAAAGUUAGAAGCAAGUGGAUGGCAGCGUAUCAUAUGAAAAGAAUAUCUACACCAUCAGUACUUAUUUCGAUUAUCCAUACUGGUAAAUAUUGUAUGAAUUAUUCAGAUUUUGAAUUAAUUUAUUUGAAUUUCAAAAAUAAAGCUGAGUGCAUUCCGUAGGAAGAAAAGAAUUGAUUCAAUUAAUUGGUUAUGCAGAAUUCAGCACUUUAUUUAGACGACUUCGGAAGCAAAACGAUGGAAACAUUGUCAAUAAUCAAGUUAGCUUAUAUUGUUUAUACUGAACUAUUAUAAACAUUGUCAAUUGAAACAUUAGAAAUAUUGAAAUGAACACAAGUCUGGAACUGUAGGCGAACGGACCUCCACAUAUCAUUAAUAUAUUACUACAUACGCAUUUAAUCAGUUGAAUUAGAUUUGAGGAAUGUAAUCCAAAAAGGCCCUCAACUCGUAUAGUUAUAGUAAUUAAGAUAAACGUAAACCAUAAAAUAUGUGUCAAUAGUGAUAUUGUAACACGUUAACGGCAUAAUAACAGUAACACGUUUCAUAGGAAAUAUAAAACUACACUAAUGAUUCGUGCAACGUGUUUCUAAAAUGUUGAGUACACGGGAUACGUAAGGUAUGCACACAGCAAAAUUUAGCCAAACAAAAACUCGCAGUUAAACUCAUUUUAAAUUAUUUUCAUAUCAUUUUAGUUUCCAAUUCAUUUAUUUGUAAGAGUCAAUCGCAUAAGCUUCGCGGAACCGCCAAUACAAAAUUUGUUUACACAAAUUUCAACUUAAUUCUAUGUUUAGUAGAAUUCGACCGAAUAUACGCGGUUUACUCGAGGUUAAAAGGCCAACAAUUUUUGUGGGACAGGACAGUUUAGGGAUUACGGAUAAGGGGUACCAUUGUCUCAACCAAGGGUUACCACACGCACUGUAGUAUUGUGCAUAAUGACCAGGGAUAGCAUCUGGUGUUCGACUGGCUGUGGAGGGUGGGCGACGGUGAGAUGAGGGGGCAAGACAAACAACAUUCUUAUACUAGACCGUUUCACACACAGAUCGACUGAAUAGAUAUUGAUGUCGCUAGUUCCCAACACGUCUCUGGUAGGAACAUAGGGUAGCCUCAAGAGUAUUAAAAGAUACUCUCUGGCUGCGUAAUUAUCCGUACUUUGCCAAACUGCGUGAUCGAAGUAGUCAUAACUGUUUCCACACCGACAGACAUUACUUUGAACAAGAUUUAUUCUGUAGAGAUGCACAUCUAGCGAGUAUUUGCUAGACAUAAGUCUACUCAUUACACGAAUGAAGUCACGAUUUACGUCCAAGCCUUUGAACCUCGCUCUCGAAGAAAUAUUUGGAAUAAUUGAAUAUAACCACCGCCCAAGACUUCCAGUGUCCCAAUCGGUCUGCCAACUCAAGAGGGAACUUUGACGCAAUAAUUGGAAAAAAAGGGUUGCUGCAGUUUACGAAAGGUGCAUGAUCCAUUGAGGCGAGACCCAUCAGUGAAGUAUCUUUGCAUGCAAUUUAUUUUUAGAUACUUUCGAUUAAAAAUAUUGAGAAUCGUAAUUGGUCGAAACUGAUCUGGAAUCCGAAAAACGAAUUAAAUUGGUGAUAUUUUCUCAUAAAUCGAAAUUGUACAGGGUCUUUCAGAUUAAACGCUCACGCAAAAAAAAUCAAAUAGCUCCUUAUAAAUUUCUUUUUUCGCUCCGUUGAUGGUAACACUACAUUCCCCACUUCGGGACGAUAAUAUUCGGCUACUCGUUCAGUCUGAUCGUAUGGUUUUUAUUUGUUUAUUUAUUUAUUUAUUUCUCAUCUGGCUAGUUGCCUUAAUGAUAUCAUGUUUUGGUGUCAAAAUGUUCAAUUUACAAGAACGUGUAUUUUUAGUGAAACUAUAUUACUCGAGCAACCGAAGCCUUAAUGAAACUUUGUCCUCUUAUGGUAAGAAUUUCAACAUUUCUCGUCGUCAAUUACUUCCUCUGGGGGUACGUGAAGGACCGUUGCUAUGUUACUAAGCCACAAAAUUUGGAGGAACUUAAAGAAGACAUAACUCGGAUUUUCAACAGCAUCGAAGUCGUAAUGCUAGAGUUGUGCAUUAAGAAUUUUGUUCACUGUUUAAAAUGCGUUAUCGAAAAAAAGGGUGGUCAUAUCGAAAAUGUCCUAAAAUAAGCUUUAUUUUCGUUUUUGUAAAUAAAAAUCGGUUUCUCUUUGUAGAAGUUAUUGAAAUUUGCUGCGUGAGCGUUUAAUCUGAAAGGCCCUGUAUAUUUAGAUAAAAACUUUUUUUCAAUGUUUUCAAUCACAAGUGUUUUCCUAACGCCGCAUUUCACCAGUAUGCUGAGAGAAAGUUUGCAGAAUCAAUUCUGAAGAAGUGUUACUCCUGCCAGAAGCUUCAGACUCAUGUUAUGCUUACAGCCGCACGAGUGCAUUCAACCGAAAGCUACAUUCAAACAACAGAAACCACACCGUCAUCUGCAAACUGUCUUAGCGUGCAUUGUUCUGCCAAACAACUGUCAAUACAUGAACCUUGGGACAUACCCAUAUAACUAUUUCUGUAAGUUUUUAGAUGUCCGAGGGUGCAGUUCAUUCGCUUUUCUGACAACAAAUUGUACAAGAAAUUAUUCACAAUUCCAGUAAGUGCAGAUUGUCUGACUGAAUUUCUAUGGAAACCGAAUCAAACGCUCCCUUAAUAUACAGAAAUACUGAAGCCGAAACCCAAAUUGUGCACUUGAUAGCAAAUUAUUCGUCUCGAUCCAUUGAUCCGGUCUUCGAAGGAUAAUUUUCUCCAAAAAUUUUCUAAUGUACGAAAGCAUAGAAAUCGGACGGUAUGAGUUAUAGUCAGACGCUGGUUUUUCAGGCUUUUGAAUUACUAUUACUUUAACCUAUCUCCAUUCGUGUGGAAUAAUGUUGUCUUUUUGCGAUAUCGGGAAGAUUUUUUAGAAAAACGAAUUCAAUCAUAUCGCUUCCGGGUGAAGAGUUGUUAGAUGAGAGAAGAGCCAUAGAAAAUUCUAGCAUUGAGAAUGGUCUGUCCAGAGGUCCACCGCUCGAAGACCUUUCCCGAAGAAUAUAUUGGACUGGAGCUGAGUCUGGACAGCUGUUGAUGCAGUUGAUAGCUUCAUCGUUAUGAUUCAUGAAUUAAUCUUACAACAUGUCCCUCGGGCUCGUGCACGCCGUAAACCGGUAUGAGGAAAUCGCCGCAAAAAUGCCUACCUUCGCGCUUAUCACUCACUCAGAUGUGCUCGCAUUGAACAGCCCGAAGAACUUUUGACGAUAUGUUAAUAGUAAACGUAAAGAAAAUGGCCUUCCGUCGACUAUGUUUCUUGCUGAUAAAAUGGCUUCCACCAGUAGUAUAUGUGCUUGGUUUGCAAGAUAUUUCAUGAGUGUUUUCAGCGAGGAAUCAAUAUCACCAGAUAAUACAACUAAUGCUUUGCGUUUCGUUGCAAGUGACAGUUUUUCAGUUGGUACUUUUUCCGUUCUUGCAGAGGACGUUGCUUCCGCAGUAUAUAAAAUGAAACAAUCUUAUUGCCCAGGGC